CUGCCCGCCCCGCUGCCCCCCAGCCCAGCCCAGCCCAGCCCAGCCCUGCGCACCUGGAGCCCGCUCAGCCAGCCCCGGGAGGAGGAGGCUGCGCGAUGGCCGAGGGGGAGAUCACCACGUUCAGCGCCCUGACCGAGAAGUUCGACCUGCCCGCGGGCAGCUACAAGAAGCCCAAGCUGCUGUACUGCAGCAACGGGGGGCACUUCCUGCGCAUCCUGCCCGACGGCACCGUGGAUGGCACCCGGGACCGCAGCGACGAGCACAUCCAGCUGCAGCUGAGUGCAGAGAGCGUGGGGGUGGUGCACAUCAGGGGCACCCAGUCGGGGCAGUACCUGGCCAUGGACCCCAACGGGCUGCUCUACGGCUCGCAGUUGCUGGGUGAGGAGUGUCUGUUCCUGGAAAGGCUGGAGGAGAACCAUUACAACACCUACGUCUCCAAAAUGCACGCGGACAAGAACUGGUUUGUGGGGCUGAAGAAGAACGGGAACAGCAAGCUGGGCCCGCGGACUCACUACGGCCAGAAGGCGAUCCUCUUCCUGCCCCUGCCCGUCUCUGCCGACUGACACCCACCCUGGAGCUCAGGGACGACCCCAAACCCCAAACCCAGCUGCUGCUGCCUCCUGGAGCUCAGCAGAGCUCCCAGCUUUCGGUCAAGGCUUUGCCAAAUCUGCCAGAGCAGAGCCCUGUGCUCUGCACCAAGCUUUGCAGAGAUGAGGGGAUGAGUCCUGGCACCCUCCUGAGGUCCAUGGGGUUCCAUCUCCCCCUGCCCUCAGCUCUGUGCCAUGUGUGCCAUGACCCUCAGCUGUGUGUGCCAUGUGUGCCAUGACCCUCAGCUCUGUGUGCCACAACCCUCAGCUGUGCCCAUGUGUGCCAUGACCCUCAGCUGUAUGUGCCAUGUGUGUCAUGACCCUCAGUCCUGUGCCAUGUGUGCCAUGACCCUCAGCUCUGUGUGCCAUGUGUGCCAUGACCCUCAGCUGUAUGUGCCAUGUGUGCCAUGACCCUCAGCUCUGUGUGCCAUGUGUGCCAUGACCCUCAGCUCUGUGCCAUGUGUGCCAUGACCCUGCUGCAGCUCCCAGGGCCUGCCCUGGGCAGGCACCCAGAGAUGUGCCCGAGGUUCCCCAAGAAGCUCACAUUUUGUGUCCCCAGGCAUCCCAAGGCAAAGCCUCCCUGCUGCUGUGUGUUAAUGUAUUUGUCCAUCCAGGUGUGUAGCUUCUGCCAUGCCCUCGAGCAGUUCCAGAUUGCACCAUCAGUGCCGUUAUCCAGGGCCAGCCUGGUAAGUGCCAGCUGGGCAGGCUAAGCUGAGCUAGGCAAAGCUCCAGCCCCAGACCUUGGCGUCCCUCACAACACCAAUAGUGUGUAUUUUGUGCUAGUACCUGCCGUAUGUUAUUUGUAUUUAUUUAUUGAGUAAAUAUGUCUCUUCUACGAGCUGUGGAUCAGUCAUUCCAGGCACCUUGAGGCUGUCCCAGUGAAGAUGGGGCAGUGGCAGUGACUGGUGUGAGGGUGUGAAGUACCACAGCAAGGGGCUGCACGAGGGGCAGAACAUCACUCCCACUCCCAGAGGAUUCCUCCCACUGCCUCCGUGUCUGGCCAAAUGGGGCUCUAAAAACGGCACUGAGGCCCCUUGGUGGCUCCCAAACCCCAUGAGAAGUUGAUUUCUCCACUGCUGGAGCAAUGAACAUCUCCCAGGCAGCUCAAGAGCCACUCCUGCCAGCUGAGAACAUCACCAGAGCACCACCCAGAGCACCCACAGCUCCUCUGGAAAACCUGAGCCAGGGACUCACCACCCUUACAGGGAAGAAUUUCUCUGUAAUAUCAAAUCUAAACCUCCCAUCCUUCA